GUCACUUGGCAAGGGGGAAAAAAAAAAAGAAGGAAACACUCCAACUCGUCCAAACUAGUUGGACUGGGAAGUAGGAACCUUACCACACAAAUUCCAUUCCAUUGAUAGUGGCAUUCCUUCGUAAAUAAGUAACCAUCAUUUGGUCAAUAUAGAAAUUAGAAGUCCACACCUCUCCUUCACGCAUUUCGCUCACAAUACAUCCCACCAAUCACUUCCCUCUGCAGUAGCCGCCUCAUAACUCAGUUUUCUUUUCCCGUCUUCCCUGAAACAUAGAAAGAGAGAGAGAUUAAAAAAAAAAAAAAAAUUUAAAAGGAAGAGCUUUUUAGGUGGAGGGACACAUACCCAAAUAGACCCACUCCUUCUGCUUCAUUUCUUCUCUGGAGACAAACCCUGUUAAACCAUUGUAGCUGAGCCUCUCACGAAAGACAGCGAGCCUAAAAUUUGUACUGUUUUUCCCAAUUACCAACCUCGUCAUCUCUUUCUCUUUCGGUGUGAGGUAAGGUUUCGACUGUUUUGUAUUGGAAACGGAGAAAUAGAGAGAGAGAGAGAGAGAGAGAAACCGACAGAGAAUCGUUUACUGACACAUUCUUUGUUUUUUUUUUUGGGCGUUUGGUUUGGCUUUGGCUUUUGCUUCAGUGCAGAUUUCCUCCAACUGCGUGGUUUAGGAAAAAAGGAAAUUAUGUUGGAAUAUGAAUGGGGUAACCCUUCCUCGAUCAUGCUCUCUGCCGAUGAGCACGAACCGGCUUCUGGAUCCGACCCGAUCCGCCACCAUAACAUUCUCGAGCACUAUGCUAACGCCCAGAAUGCUUUCAGCGAUAGCUUCCUGCCUCCUCCUCAACACUCCAACAACCCGACCGCCUCCUUCGCUCAUCACUUUAACCCGCACCAGGUCCAGGUCUCCCAAGGCCAAGGUCACCACCACAACCACAAUCACAACCACCACGCCCUCUCUCUCUAUGACCCACGCGCCUACGCUGCCACGUCGUCGUACGCGCCUCCGCAACCUCUCUCGAUGUUGUCGCUUGAUUCCGUCACUGGAGGCGGCGGACACGGAGGUCAGGGGUUCAUGCUGGUGCCGAAGAGCGAGGAGGUAUGUCGGCCGGUGGAUUUCGCUUCGAGAAUCGGGCUGAAUUUGGGAGGCAGAACGUACUUCUCGUCGGAGGAUGAUUUCAUGAACAGGCUGUACAGGCGGCAGAGGCCCGUGGAGCCGGGGUCGACCAACUCGCCGAGAUGCCAGGCGGAGGGAUGCAAUGCCGAUCUCUCGCACGCCAAGCACUACCACCGACGCCACAAGGUCUGCGAGUUCCACUCCAAAGCGUCGACCGUGAUCGCAGCCGGUUUGACUCAGCGAUUCUGCCAACAGUGCAGCAGAUUCCACCUCCUUUCGGAGUUCGACAAUGGAAAACGCAGUUGCCGGAAGAGGUUGGCGGAUCACAACCGUCGCAGGAGAAAAACUCAGCAACCAAAUCAAGAAAAUCCCAAGUUACUGGCUGAAAAUUCCCGUAUUUUACCUUCGGAUAGUGUUGAAAGGUCUCCACCGGACUCUGGAGCUCAGUCAUCGUCGUCAGUGACGGUGGCAGUAUCGCCGCCAAGAAUGUCGUUGGUUUGUUUCAGACAAAGAUCAUAUCAGAGCAGUACUAGUUCGUCAGUAUCAUCAAGCUCACUUUUUUUCUCAAAUGGGUAAAGUUCCACUCUGAAAUGCACGGCCAACGAAAAAGGGCUCUAGUAGGAAAUGGAGGACAAUUUAGCAAAUAACAUUUGUCGAAGCUAUGUCUAGUUUUUAGUUAUGGUCUUAAUUUUUAGUUACAUGAAAUGGAACUGGAAGAGCUUUUCUCUGUUUUUC